AUGCACAGAGGUUGGAUUGGAUUUGGUUCUAACCAGAAUGGUAGAAAAUACGUUGAAAAUAGAUGGCAAAAUUUGUGGCAGUCUGGAAAUAAUGAUGGGGAUUCUGUUUGGAAUAAGAAACAAACCUUAGAUGACAAUUGGGAUGUAUCUGACAAACGCAAGUGGUCCUGGGGUAAUGGUGGUAGUCAUGGUUGGGGUAUAUGGGGUACUGGUAUUGGAAAGCAUGAUACAAGCAGGCGAUGCUGUUACGGUAUUGAUUCCGGAAAUGAUUGGAGUGGACCAGAAAACGGUUACAUUUUCUGGGGUAACACCAAUAUGGAUAGCUGGAAGAGCAGUGGCGGUGGUGAAGGAUGGCGCAAAUGGGAAGGUUGA